AUGCCGAACCACGCCAAAAGGACCACCACACAGGGAUUGCGAUCUCACGACUACGAGAUCACGUAUCGAACGUGUGUAGCGAUUUUCGUGGCUGUCCUUGCUGGAGUGAGUAUGAUUCCACUUAAAGAGUACUAUCUGGGUAGCUACGUCACCAAACCGUUCGACGAAGUGCGAGACGCGAUCGCAGCCAGGAAACUCAACCAGAUGGGCGUCGUGAUGAGUGGCGUACACUAUUUCGACACGUUCAGUCGCUCUCUAUUCCCCCUCAUCGACUUAGAGACGAGAGACGAGCUGUCUCGCUCCACCGCGUCAAGUAUCUCACUCACUGACUUCCUCGUUCGCGCGAACUUACGUCGAGAUGAUUUACUCGCUGGUCUUCCGGAAGAGAUGCUGCAACAACCUGUAGACCUCAUGGUUGACGUGUCAGCUCCGCUUUGUGGCCCUGUUACCGAUACUGUCAAAUCGUGGGAGACGGAAGCGCAGCUCCUCUUCGGUAAUUGGUUCCCAGUCAUUCGUCACGAAUUCUGUCGCGAUUUUCACGAAACCUUCCCACUCGAUCGAUACUUUAACCACGGGACUACAGCACCAAUAGACGCGAAUCUGUCACAGGUCGGAGAUGUUACACUAGGCCUCAUCGCGGUAGUCAACAUGUCGGAAGUUUAUUUACGCCAUUUCAACGACGAGCUAGUGGUGCGGAAGAUCAUGAAAAGCGUGCAGGAAGGAUACAUGGACAUGAGUCUACCCGACUACACGAACGCGGUUGCAGACGCUAUUGUCGAGCGAUACAGUAAAGGGAUCUCGCUACGCGACGUCGUGGCGCUACUCCCGGGGUCCUUCGAUAUCCACCAUGUGGCGCUUGUGGACGUUCUGGGUGUCACAGCUUUGUUAGAGCUUUACUUGGAGACGCAACAACUCACAAUGGGGGUCAAUGUCAAUGGCGAGGCUGCGAUUCUGGCCGAAGUGACCCACGCUGCAGCCUCGUUCUUCACGUCGGACUUCUUGAUCAACACCGUCGGGAUGCACUUGACGUCUACGAUGCACUUGGCUCCAUUCUGGAACUGUGCAAUUAAACAUACGUCAAUGGACAAAGCCAUUACCCUGGCAGAUGUGGAUGCUGCGGCGAUUAAACAGUGUGGAAAUGACUUAUCCCGUAUCAUUCCGACAUUUGUGGUGAACCUCAUGUUUCUGUUCCAAAAAGAUGACCGAGACUAUACGAAGCUGGAUAACACGACAGUAUACACUUUGGGGCGUCGGCGAGAAACUAUAGCUGGAUAUGUGGCGCUUACGCUUCCAGAGACGUUGACAGAGUCUCCAUUAUUGGCGAUUGACGGUACCGCUUGGACGAAAUCUCGCUCGGAUCUAACGUCUUCUAAGCGAACAAUGACACCGUACGGAUAUUUGUAUACACCUGACUGUCGAGGGAUUGUUGACUCAGUGAUACAGCAGAGUGGACGUAACGUCCAGAAAUAUCAGGCGUAUAUGGGAGAUGGACUGGGUAACUGUGCGUUCCGUGACUCGCAGGAGACGGAGCUUCAAACUCUCUGUAGAUUAUUCAUGACGUCGGAUGAGGUUCUGUUCCGUGAUCUGGAUGGUAAUCUCGUCCACCUUCCGACAUGCGCGUCGCUAGUCACGUCUUCCGAUCCGAAAAUUCAAGUUAUGGAGGAAGAAAAUCUACGCCAGAUCGAGUGGUUUAUGAUCGACACGACUCUGAUCAACCGACGAAUCCGAAUCCAAGACAACACCAGUCGACAAAUCCGAACUUUCCUGCUGAUCCUCAACUUGAUUGGCGCUUCGUAUUACGCUCUCGAGUACAUCUACAUCCUCAAGAGUGUCUGGAUUUUCAUCCGGAACAGUGUAUACCGACCUGUCGAGGAGAUGCAAUCCCGUCUCCCGUCGUUAGAAGCGAUCAAUAACGAGGCCAUCCCGUUAGUUCGUAUCGGUUUACUCGAGUUACUCCAGUGUGACCCAGCAGACGGAGCACUGGAACAUCCGGGAACAAUGGUGUUAAUGUAUCUCGGCGCUAUUGGCGCUCUAAGUAACAUCUUCUCGCUCGGAUGCAGCGCUCAACUCUCCACUGCGGAAGGCAGUAUCGUCAUUUAUUGCACGCCUGCCAUCCCUGUUCGAAGUCUCACACUUGUGUUCACUACACUAAGCAGUAGCUACUGGGUCAUCCGAGUGACGCUACAGACCAGAUCGCUGGCGAUGCGUCUGGACCACGCUGCUCGCAACGAUUUCCUUCGGUUCUGGACACUGAACGCCGCUGCUGUGCUGGUGAUCCACUUUUUCUGCAAGAUCGGAGCUGAUCUUGUGCUGCGGAAUGCCGAGUUGCACUCCGAUCCGCAUCUGUACGCGAUUUUUGGAGGCUUGGCGGUGGCUCUCAUUAUCUCGGCCGGGUUUCUGCUGCUGCAUUUAGCGUCCACAGACUCCAAGAAACUUAAGAAUAUGGUGAGAAUGCGCACGUCCAGGACGCUGUGGCGUGAGGUUUCCGCCAGGGAGUCGGACGACCGUGCGUUCGUGGCGAAAUGGAGCACGAAAGGCCUCGACUCGGUGCUGUAUCACUGCGCAACGCCCCAGAUUGCAAGACAGCUGGAGCUGUUCGGAAGUCGACAACAAGGUGGCUCCGGACUGGCCGGGAAGCUCAAGAAGUUCGUGGUGGAUCAGCCAACUGGAGUUAAAAUGCACCAGUUCGUCGCUGUCCACUGUGCUGCUGGGUCACACGCGCACUUGAAGACUGUCAAGUGGUAUCUGGAACCGAACGGGAGUGGAGGUGUCAUGAGCGUGAACCCGACACCACAGAUGACGUCUAGAGUCGUAUGCACUGCGGAAGACACAAUGAGCGAGUAG